UCGAAUGACGCAUAGAAAGCUUCGACUUUGAGCAAUAUUAAUCUCACACUAUACAUUCUGAUUGUAAACAGCUUUAUAUGUUUACAUAAUAAGUUGUCUUUUUAAUAAAGUUAAAAAUCUUAGUAUCAAAAAACAGUGAAGUCUUGAGCAUGUCAGCAAGAGAAUCUGAAAGUUAAAUUAGCAAAGAUGCGAGGACCGUUAUAACGUUGGUGAUAUUUUUGAUGUAUAUAACAAUAUUUAUGCCUCGCCACCAUCUGAAUUUCUUCAUCCAUUGAUCAUGUUUGGCUGUUUAACUAAAUUUUAUACUAAUGUCAUCAUUUUUCUGUAUGGGGUGAAUAUAGUUUUGUCCAAUGAUUUCAGCAUUGAUGUGAAUAAUGUGUCAUGGAGUCAUAUUGAAGUAUCGUGGAAUCCUCCUUCUCCAUCAAAUAAAACUGCAAUAAUAGGAUACGAAAUAAGAUGUUGUUAUUAUAAAAACAAGACCAACUGUCCUGUGAUUAAGGAUUUAUCAAAUGUUACAACAUCUUAUAUUGUUACUGGACUUGUUGCAGCAACAAAAUAUACAAUAUUUCUCCGUGCUAAAACCAACUCAACAAAUGUAACAAAUAUAACAACCCAUGUCACAAAAUCAACAAAAGAAGAUGCCCCAACCAAAGCUCAAAAUCUGACGGCUGUAAAGACUGGUACUCAAAGUGUUACUUUAUCAUGGGAUGAACCAUCUGAAAAAAAUGGUGUUGUUCAAUACAGAGUAUAUUAUCAGGACUUAAGCAACAACAGUAACAGUCUGAUACUUUUUGCAACAACAAAGUUAACUAAUGUUACAGUAACAGAACUUGAAGAAUACAUCACAUACAAAUUUGCUGUCCAAUCUUUUACUGGUGCAGGGAAUGGCUCUGCAAUAGAAAUUAACAAAACAACUCAUGCAACAGUUCCAACUGGAAUUCCACAAAACCUUGAUGCUUCUGCUAAUUCAACAACUUCAAUUCUGCUUAGUUGGGAAGAACUAAAAUUCUAUUCACGUAAUGGUGACAUUAAAAAAUACACAAUUUUUUACAACACAACAUCAGGUUAUAAUAGAACUAUUAACACAGAUAAUGAAACUAAAUCAUAUCUUGUGAAAUCUUUGAAGAAGUUUACAGAGUACCUGUUUCUGGUAAAGGCUGUUAAUCAAGUUGGAGAAGGUCCUCCUGCAAAGAUUUCUGUCAAAACAUUAGAAGAUGUCCCCACCAAAGCUCAAAAUCUGAUGGCUGUAAAGAUUGGUUCUCAAAAUGUUACUUUAUCAUGGAAUGAACCAUCUGAAAAAAAUGGUGUUGUUCGAUACAGAGUGUAUUUUCAGGAUUUAACCAACAAUAGUAAUAGUCUGUUACUUUUUAUAACAACAAAUUUAACCAGUGUCACAGUAACAGAACUUGAAGAAUACAUCACAUACAAAUUUGCUGUCCAAUCUUUUACUGGUGCAGGGAAUGGCUCUGCAAUAGAAAUUAACAAAACAACUUAUGCAGCAGCACCAGAUGGACCUCCCUUAAAUUUUAAAGGGAAAAAUAUCACUUCAACAUCAGUGUAUUUAUCUUGGGAAAAACCAGAAUUCUAUCUUCGCAAUGGUAUCAUUCAAAAUUAUUCAAUUGUAAAGAAGAAAAAAGAAGCUGAAUAUUUUGAAGAGCCUAUUACAGUGAAUAUAACAUCACAUUUAGUUAAUUUGUUGGAACCAUAUUCAAACUAUUCUUUUAAAAUAACAGCUUACAAUCAAAUUGGACAUGGUCCUCACACAACCCUAAAUAUAUCUACCCUUCAAGAUGCUCCAUCUAAACCCAGAAAUGUGCGAAUAGGAAGCGUCAUGCAUAAUUCUGUUUCUCUAAUUUGGGCACCUCCUGAAAAGAAUAAUGGUAUUUUGUUGGGUUAUGAAGUAUGGUACUGCAAUCUCAAUUUAUCAAGCAUGUGCUUUAAAUCACAAAAUUUAACGUCAGACAAAGAAUCACAUAAUUUUACCAACCUUGUUCCCUAUACUGUUUACACUUUCUAUAUUAACGCUUUUACCAAAGCAGGGGCUAGUGAAAAUGUAAACAAAACUACAGAAACAUCAGAACAUAUUCCAGGUCCAAUACAGAAUCUUACAGUAACAGCUAUCAACCCAAGAAACAUUUCUUUAACAUGGAAGAAACCUUAUAUCACAAAUGGCAUAGUAUACUAUAAAAUAUUUUAUAAAGAAUUGAACAAAGAGAACAGUUCGGAUGUAUAUUUUAAAAACACAAGCAGUCUUGAUGUGGUUGUUACUGGUCUUGAAGAAUACAUUUGUUAUGAAUUUACAGUGCAAGCAUUUACAAUGAAUGGCGGGCAUGGAUCACGUCGAAAAAUACAGAAAAGAACAGAACCAGAUGUUCCAAGUGGUCCACCUUUACAUAUUCAAGCUGAAGCUAAUAGUUCAACGUCAAUACAGCUGAGUUGGCAUGCACCAGAUUUUUACAAAAUUAAUGGAAUAAUUCAGAAUUACUUUAUUAAGUUUAUUUCUGUAAAGAAAUCCGGUAAAAAUGCUCAUGUUGGAAAUGUAUCUACAUCACCAAAUAACACAGUAUAUCUUAUCAAUCAACUCUGGAAGUACACAAAGUAUAACAUUACUGUUCAGGCUGUCAAUCAAGUUGGGAAAGGACCCACAGGACUAGCAAUUGAAACUACAUUACAAGAUGUACCUGGUCCUCCUAAAUCUCUUGUUUGCUCCUAUACAUCUGCCAAUAUAAUCAUGUUGAUAUGGGAAAAACCUUUAAAACAGAAUGGGGAAAUUACAAAUUAUCGUGUUAACCAAACUGAUGGUGCACUUAAUAUUAUGACAACCUUUGUGUACAAUGAGACAGUAUUAUCAUCCCGUUAUGAUAAGUUGCAUCCCUACAGAAUGUACAAUUAUACAUUGGAGGCUGCUACAAAAAUUGGAUGGGGAGAAAGCAUAUCUACAAUGUGCAAAACCAACGAAUCGACACCAGCUAUGCCGGCAUUGUUGCGUACUACAAGUGUUUCUGCUAGAAAUAUUUCAGUUGCGUGGUCACAGCCUAAGGAAAACUUUGGAGUCAUCAUUAAUUAUGAGGUUAGAUUGUUUCCUGUAGAAAAUAAAACUGUUCUCUUUGUUGAUAAUAUAACCAGCACUUCAUACAAUUUUUCAACUGAGCCAUACACUACAUAUAACAUCUCUGUUCGUGCACAAACAAUAGUUGGUUUUGGACCUUUGGCAAGCAUCUCUGUAUUUACAAAUGAAUCAGCUCCAAGUGAAGUGGCAACACUAACACUUGAAAGUAAAACAACAACAGUAUCUGUGUCUUGGUCCUCUCCUUUGAAGAAGAAUGGAAUUGUAUACUAUCGUAUAUUUUUACGAUUUGCAAAUUUAACUGAAACAUCUGACAAUCUUAUAAAGGAUAACAUACUUGAUAAUGACAGAAUAUAUGGCAUUGAAGGUUUACAAGAAUUUGUUAAUUACACUAUUUCAAUACAAGCAUACACAAAAGCAGGAAAUUCGUCAAAGACUUCAAAAACAAUACAGACAGAUAGUGCUGCACCAUCUGCAGGACCAAGAAAUUUUAAGUCUGUUACAACAAGUCAAACUUAUGUUACUUUAUCAUGGAAUCCACCAUUAGAAGCUGAUCGCAAUGGUGUCAUUGAUUAUUAUAGAAUAUUUUACAAGAAAAACAACAAAACCAUAACUGAACUUUCAAAAGAUGGUUAUCAGAAACAAAUAUCAAACUUAAGUAUGUAUGUCAAUUACACAUUUUAUAUUGCUGCUCACAAUGAGAAAGGAUAUGGACCAAAUAGUACAGUUACCAUUGAAACGUUGCAAGGACUUCCAACUCCUCCAAUACUAAUGGAAAAUUAUUCAAACACAUCUGUAACCAGCAUUAGGAUAUGCUGGAGAAAACCAGACCCACUAAAUGGUGUGCUAACUGGAUAUGCUUUGAGAUAUAUUGCUGCAACCAAUUCUAGUGAUGCUGGUGCAAAGUAUCCACGACCAACAGAUACAAGUUGGGAAAUCAAAAAUUUAGAUUCAUACACAUUAUAUAACAUUUCACUGUAUGCUAUAACCAUUGGUGAUGGACCACCAGACAUGAAACAGUACCAUACCAGUUCAGCUUCUCCAGCUGGUCCGCCAAAAGAUAUAAAAGUUGAUUCCAAAACAUCAUCAAGUAUAACGUUAACAUGGAAUCAACCUGAAAAACCAAAUGGAAAAAUUCUUAAAUACAUUGUUUCCUAUCGUACCACAAACAUUCGAGAACCGCUUUCCAAAGACGUAUCUUCAAAUACAAAAUACACAAUUGAAGAUUUAAAUCCUAACACAUAUUACGAAGUUCAAGUUGCAUGUGAAAGUGAAGGUGGUACUGGACCUUACUCAGUUGGGAGUCGUAUUCAAACUGAAAUAACCAGCCCUCCUCCUCCACCAACAGUUGUAACACCAACUCUUUUACCAACGUGGCAUACCAUCACAAUUAAUUUAUGGAAAGCUUCAGAUAUGUAUGGAAGUGUAAAAUUUUACUAUAUUGUUGUCUUGGAAGCUUCAAAAGAUGCUCAGGGUAAACCAAUGAAACCAAGCAGAACACCCGACUCUUAUAAAAAUAAUGAAAUUAAAACUUACGAAGAAUAUGUUACUGCACGUGGAGCUGGAAAUAUUUAUCCAUACAUAACUGCACGUUUAACUAGACAGGAAGUUGGCGAUGGGAAACUAUUUGUGAUUGGAAAUGGUGAAACAAGCUCAAGAACACGAAGAACUGUCAAAAUAUACACUAAUGGUCCUUUGUAUUCACAAUCAACAUACUUUUACUCUCAAAGAGCACACAGCUCUGAGAAUUUGCACACGUCUGAUAAACAAUGGGGUGGACCGUAUGUUACUGGUAAAAAACCAGUUGACUUAUCAUCUUCACCAGCAGGCGCGAUAGCUGGUGGAAUAGUGACAGCUAUUGUCAUCAUUCUAAUCAUCGCUGCAGCUGUUUAUUAUUACAGAAAACGAUUCUUUCAACCUGGUCGCAAACCAUCUUAUGAACCAGGAAAUACAAAUGAAACUUUUGAGUUGGAUGAACCAGUUCAUAGACCAUCAGCACAUCCAAUCAAAGUAGAGAAUUUCUCUGCUUAUGUUCGCAAUUUAUCCAAAGAUGGGAAGUACUUGUUUUCAGAAGAAUUUAAGCUUAUCCAAAAUGGUAGAAGUGGAUAUAGUUGCAUGUAUGAACAUUCAAAUCACCCAAUUAAUCGAGACAAAAAUCGAUACAAUAACAUCGUUGCAUAUGAUCAUACAAGGGUGCUGUUAAAACCGACUGAAGGAAUACCUGAGUCAGACUAUAUCAAUGCAAAUUAUAUUGAUGGUUAUAAUGGACAAUCAUCUUAUAUUGCAACACAAGGUCCACUUGAAAACACAUGUGAUGACUUCUGGAGAAUGUGUUGGGAGCAAAACGUUAGCAGUGUUGUCAUGUUGACAGGACUUGAAGAGAAUGGUCGAAUCAAGUGUUAUCAAUACUGGCCAGAGGUUGGAUCGAUAUGUUAUGGACGAAUGCAAGUGACGUUAACCGAAUCCAACUAUUUACCAAAUUAUGUUGUUCGUUCCUUUAGUUUGUUACAUUCAGAGUACCCUGGAACAGAGCGAUUCAUCCGUCAUUUCUCCAUUUUAACUUGGCGUGAUCAUAGCACAGCAAACUCGCAAGAAUUAUUAGCUUUCAUACGACGCGUCAAUCAAGAAACACAAGGUUCUGGUCCUGUUGCUGUUCACUGCAGCGCUGGUGUUGGACGCACAGGAACGUAUAUCACAGUCGACGUCAAUCUACAGCGCAUCACUUCAGAACGAAACGUUGAAGUAUACAAUUACUUGCAGCAUAUUCGAAGUCAACGUAAUUACAUGGUGCAAACUGAGGCACAGUAUAUUUUCAUCCACGAUACGCUGUUGGAAUACUUGACAUUUGGAGUGACGGAAGUUCAAGUUCGAGAUUUGCGUGACUAUAUUAAGAAGUUAAAACAGCCUGCAGAUGGUGGAGCGGAAAUGAAUGUUGAUAAAGAAUUUCACAAACUGAACUUAUUCGAUCAAUCGAGUUCGAAGACGAUGAACGCAGCUAAUGCAAUCUGCAAUAAAAGCAAGAACAGAUUUUUAAAUGUUUUACCCUAUGACGACACUCGUGUGGCGUUAAGACAGCUACCUGGUUUGCAAGGUUCAGACUAUAUCAACGCAAACUAUAUUCAUGGAUACAGUCAAGCCAAACAGUUUAUAGCUACUCAGGCUCCAUUACCACAAACCAUCCCUGCGUUCUGGAGGAUGAUAUGGGAGCAUCAUUGCACGACUAUUGUUUGUCUAGCACAAGAAACAGAAGGUGGAAAGGUUAAAAUUCACAGAUAUUGGCCAUCCAUUGAAGCCGCAAUGCAUGGACCACUUAUGAUUGAAAAUAUGACGGAGAACGACAUGGGAGAUUAUAUCGUUCGCGACUUCAAAGUCACACACACCACGGAGGGUCAUUCGCGCAACAUAAAGCAUUUCCAGUAUAUUGCUUGGCCGGAUAAUGCGUACCCAGACUCUGCAUCAGGAUUGGUAGAUAUGAUAGGUCGAGUACAGAAGUGGCACCAACAGAAUUCUAUCGGCCAAGCAGUAAUUCAUUGCAGUGCUGGCGUUGGUCGUACGGGAGUGUUCAUUGCGUUAUUUAACAUGCUUGAACGCGUGCGUGGUGAAGGUGUUGUCGACGUAUUUCAAACAGUGAGAGGUUUGAGAACUCAAAGACCUGCUAUGGUUCAAACGAAGGUGGAAUAUUUGUUCUGCUACUUGGCGUUGCAAGAAUUCUUAGCAUCUUUUGAUAUCUAUCAAAAUUUUGCCUAACUUUUUUCACUACGCCGCUUUUUUAUCACAAUUUAAGAUGUUUUUUUACAAUAAUAUCCACUUUAUACUGGUAAGACAUGGGCACUUUGUCAACUAAAGUCGUUUUCGACACGUCCAUUUUUAAAUAUUUAAAAUAUCUACCUCAUUUCACGAAAUUAACACGAUCGUUAUUUUUACGUCCCUUAUAUGGACAGAAAUAUUAUAAAUGCUGAUAUAUGCGAGUAUCGUCUCUUGACAGCUAAAAAGGAAGCGUCUACAUUGUCUGGAAUGUCAGAAAUUGUGAUUAACGUUUAUAUCCUCAGGAAUAAGUUUAAAUAAGCAUGGAUAAUUUUUUUGGCUUUGUAAGAAUUUUUUUUAAAAAGUAAUGGCAAGAAGUUUUCAAUCUGUUUUUAAAGAAUUAAUUUUAAAAUACAUAUGAAAAGUAUGAAGUAUGAAAAGUCCGCCAAAAUAUAGCUGCCAAACUCAACAAUAUAUCAACCAUUUUAGUCUAUGUUUGAAAAAUAAGAAGUUCGUAUUGCGUGGGCACCCUUAUCUAGACAUCGUGUUAUUUUCAUGAAAUAGAUUUCUAUAAAAUGAAUUACGUCAUGUAAACGUGUUAUGAAUUUCUGCCUCGAUUAUUCAAAUAUACUAUAACAAUGCUAAUAUUUUUGGAAAUAAACGAGAACAAAACAUAUUAAAUAAAUAGAUUAAGAUAAAAUAUGUAAAAGAAGCAUUAGAAGAAAAUAUUGCAGAAUAAUUUUUUUAAAACGUAAUUUGUAUUUUAGAUGAAGUUAAAAAAUUGCACGUAUGAUUACUGCAAAAACUUUUUACCUCUCACUCUAUUUUUUCUAUGCGUCUUUUUAAAGGCUUAUGUGCAUCCAUCUCUCACCGUUUGACAUCAACUAAAAAAAGUACCCCAAUUUUAGGAGCAUUUUCAAGCAUAAUUCUUACCCAGGCUGUUCAUUUUUUAUCUUUUUUUGUACAAGUAGUGUGUCAAAAAUCUAGAAAAUUAUUUUUAGGUUAUUAAUUUUACGAAUCUAUUUUUAUAAUUUUUGUUCGUCUUUAUUUCUUAUUUUUUUAUAUCACGAAUAAAUAUAUUUUUGCAAUCUAUGUCUUCACCCAGACCCUUGUUACACACGAAUUGAUUGUACAUAUUCGAAAGGUAUGGGAAUGAGGUUGCUAAAUUUACACUUUAUAAAAUGCAAAGCAAGAGAGAUAUUUUAAAUGUUGUUGUUUAUAUAUUGAUUUUAUAAGAGAGAUAAUUUUGUUAAAUGCUUGAUUAUAUACUGUACAUGAAUUUAUAUUUUUGUCACUUUUUAAAUUGACACGUAGAAAAUAUUUUUUGUGUUGUUUUUUUAUGUCAAAAUGGUUGACUGCGAAGUCAUACCCGUAAAUCAGAAGAAAAAGAUAAACUUUGUAA